AUGGACGGCAUCAAGGUAAAAAUAGUGGAUCUCUUCUCGUGUAUCGAGAAGAUCGAUGGAGAUUUUCUUAUCCUGAACGAGGAUAGAAUUUACAAGAUUCUACGAGACGGACGUCCAAAGAAGCCAAAAGCACUAGGAAGCCAGCAGAUUCAUCUUAAAGAGACGCGUAUGCCGCCCGCUAAGAGGCGCCACUCGCCUGCUCCACCGAGGGCACCGAAGGCAGCAAAGCCCACUUCGUCUACUGCAACUCAGUCGGAAAGUAGCAUCGGUAGCGCAACGACCGAGGAUGACGUCGAGCGAAUCGCUCGGGCUGUCGCAGUUCUUAAGAAAAAAGAGAAAUCAACCAAGGAUGAAAAUACUGGCAAUCCGACCAUUGAUGUUGAUUGA